AUGCCUGCAACCAGGAAAGUGAAAACUGGCUGCAAGACGUGCAAGCUACGCCGCGUAAAGUGUGAUGAGAGCAAGCCAGAAUGCCAGAGAUGUGUUUCGGCCGGCCGGUUUUGCGCCGGCUAUGGCAUCUGGGGAGGUGGUAGCAAACGAGAUGACGCAAGCGAUCAGUCAACGGCUGUUUCUACAAUGCCAUCCACAAGGCGGCAGAAGAAGCAACACAGGCUCAGCACUCCAGUGCCUGGUCAUAAUCAAACACCGGCUAUCAGCGCAGAUGAAAGGAUUUGCCUCGAUUACUUUGUUUCCUGCGUAUCACCCAGACUCUCGGCGGUGUUUGAUUCUCAAUUUUGGCUGCGAUUUGUGCCACAGGCAUGCGCUUCUGAACCACUCGUUCUUCACGCUUCUCUGGCGUUGGGAGCGGUUUAUAAGAGCAAAUAUGAUGAUUCCAGGAGUAUGGUGCUUUGUCAAGACCGGAGAUUAUCUGUCAAUAACAACCCUCAUUACCUCGCUUUAUCCCAGUAUAACAAGGCACUGAAUCUCUUUCGAGCUCACGUGCUAAAGAAGGAUCCCAGUUCUCAACGGGUGACUCUGACAGUCUCUGCACUUCUCAUCGCCUUUGAGAUUGUACUUGGGAAUUAUGAAGCCGCCAUGAUUCAUAUCAACCACAGCUUCUCUAUCAUUAAUAAUCUGACUCUCCUGCCAUCGGAAGAAGUCACAGAACCUUUUUCCCAAAUGCUAAUCCAGCUGGCUUUGAUUGGUGGUAUGAGUGUCUCUUCAUAUUUGCCCAUUUCGAAAGUAGCGAGGCAAGCUACCUGUAUUAAUCUUGAUUCCACACGCGAAUUUUCGAAUCUCUUUGAAGCACAUCAGACUAUAAACACUAUUAUAAUGAACGCCAUCCAGCUUUCGGAGUGGUGUCGCUCAUCACUGCAAGCUUCAAAUACCCUUUCGGAUGAUCUGCUUGCGCGACAUCAGCGUCUGGAAAAGGCGACAAGAGACUGGUUCAUGGCGUAUACUGCGAGUAAGCCUAAACUGAUUUCAAAAUCAAAUCAUAGGACUAUGUAUGGUGUAUAUAUGUUGCAAAUAUUUCACUCUCUUGCAACAAUCAUCAUUGCUUCUGCAUCUUCCUCGCGGCUCGAGGCUAUCCCCGAUCAAUACACAGACACCUUCGUUUCGAUUAUCACUCAAGUCAUCACCCUUUGGGAUAUGACGGGGUUUGCCGUUGGGGACUCAUUUGAGCGAAACCGCCGAAUCACAGGCCCACGGGUCACUAUGGAAAUGGCCAUCGUUCCUAUUCUAUUCUAUACAGCGUUAAAGUGUAGGUCGCCAUCGUUAAGGCGACAAGCUGCUUCUUUGCUUAUGGUCUCACAAUACAACGAUGGAAUUUGGCAUAGCGGUGUUGCUGCACGCCUUGCUCUCACAGUAAUAGAGAUGGAAGAGCGUGGUGCAUAUGCUGAUGUGGAAUUUGACUCGGACCCUUUUCGGAAACCACAUCUAAUGCAAUAUAGAGCGUUGCCCACCUUGCCCUAUACUUCAAGAUUCCAUGAAGUGAGGGUUGUUCUGAGCAACGGAUCGAGGCAUAGCGGAAAAUUAGUUUGUAGAAAGGCGCCAGUGGAUGGGAGGACAAUAUGGGCUGAGGAGACCGCCGAGGGCAUGGCCAGAGUUGUUGAAGCAACAAGUCCCUGUCUCCUUUGA